ACGCAUGGAAACAGGAUCAUCCAGGUUUACUUCGUCCAGGAAGUUUCUGGCCAUAAGCUUGUCUGUACUAGCCGUGCUCUCGCCUCUCUACAUCGACAGCUUAUCAGAGGAAGAUGAAGAACAGGAAGAAGAACUCUUUGGUUUCAUGUUUACGCUUCCCCUGCUCCUCCUCUUCUUGGUUUUGGCUAUUGCCUUGUCCCUGUAUUGUGACCAGAGCUUGACCAGAUCUGUUUCGUGAAAGAAAAAAACGCAGAGGCGACAACUGGGGCUUCCGUCG